AUGGAGGAAAAUAGUGAUGAAGCAUUGGGUAGGAAGGAAUUGCCACUUUCUCAUUUGAGAGUUUUGGAUUUAUCUAGAGUAUUGGCUGGUCCAUAUUGUACACAAUUGUUGGCUGAUUUGGGAGCAACUGUUAUUAAAAUUGAACCACCAAAGGUCGGUGAUGACACUCGUUCUUGGGGACCACCUUUCAUGAAGAUUGAAAAUGGAAAAAUGGAAGAAAAUCAAAGUGGAUAUUUUCAAUGUGCAAAUAGAAACAAAAAAUCACUCACAAUUAAUUUAAAAUCAAAGAAUGGACAAAUGAUUUUACACAAGCUUGUGAAGAAUAGCGACAUUUUAAUUGAGAAUUUUAAAGUUGGAUCUCUUGAAAAAUUUGGAUUGGAUUACAAAACUGCCAAAUCAAUUAAUCCUGAUUUGAUUUACUGUUCUAUCACAGGUUAUGGACAAGAUAGCUCUAAAGCACAUCUGCCAGGUUAUGAUUAUGUAAUGCAAGCUUUGAGUGGUGUAAUGUCAAUAACUGGAGAUGUGUCAACACCACCGUUUAAGGUCGGUGUAGCUAUUACAGAUGUAAUGACAGGCAUGUAUGCAGCUGUCGGUAUUUUAUCAAAAGUUAUUGAAAAACAAAAGAAUGGUGGUAAAUCUAAUAGUGAUAAGGAUUGGAUUGACCUUUCACUUUUGGACUGUAAUUUGGCUUAUUUGGUAAAUCAAGCCACAAAUUAUCUGCAAACAGGAAAUUCUCCAAAGAGAAUUGGUAAUAAGCAUCCAAAUAUUGCACCAUACGACCUGAUAAAAUGUAUUAAUGGAGAUAUUGUCGUUGCAGUUGGAAAUGAUGCCCAAUUUUUGAGAUUUAUUUCAGUUAUUUCUAAGGAUCAACCAUUUAAAGAUUUGGACAAGUUCACAACAAAUCAACAAAGAGUUGCCAAUAGAACACAACUUAUUCAACAAAUUGAAGAAAUCACAUCCCAACAAUUUACAAAAGAGGAAUUAAUUAGAGAAUUGAGCAAGUUUGAAGUUCCAUGUGGUGCUGUCAACACAAUUGGAGAGGCAUUAAAUGACCCACAAGUUUCUGAAAGAAAUAUGGUUUGGAGUUUUGACAAUGAGAUUAAUGACAAACCUGUAAAAACAAUUGGAAAUCCACUCAAAUUUAUUAAUGAAAAGCAUGAAGAAUUGAACCUUAGACAAUUUGCUAAACGCCCUCCAAUCUUAUCUGAACAUACCAAUGAAAUUUUAAGUGAAAUGAUUGGUGCCACGAGUGAGGAAAUAGAUAAUUGGAGAAAGGAAGGAACUAUCUAA